AAACUGUGUCUUGGUAACAUAAAAACACCAUGGAAAGGUGUUCAAAGUAGGUUCAUGGGUGGAGUUUCUUGGCCAACGGACCCCAUCAUCAUCUCCUUUACCCACUUUUCUCCCUCAAUUUAUAUUCUCUCUCUCUCUCUUUCUUUCUCAAUUCAUCGAAAACCUCUCUGCUUCUCCUUUUAACCACCGAUCCACCCAUCAAAACACAAACUUUCUUCGAUUUGAUCCAUAAAAAUCUCACCUUUUCUGAUCAUUCUCCUCAUAUGGGCAACAUCAGCAGCAGCACCGGAGGCGACGGUAGACGCCGCAGACAACAACGGCGGAGCAACACCCUUCCAACAUCUUCUCCUUCUCCUUCUCCACCACCGCCGCCUCCUUCUCUUCCUCCACCUAAUCGCAUCGUCUUCGCCGCCGCUACACCGUACCCAAACCCUAAUUACCAGUACCCAGGCUACUACCCUCCUCCUCCUCCGGGGCCUUACGACCAGCACCAUCACAUCCACUAUCCUCCUCCUCCGCAGCAUCCUUAUUACGGAAGAUACCCUUACAAUGGACCCAUGAUGCCUCCACAGCUUCCCUGCGUCGAGCAUCAGAAAGCCGUGACCAUUCGUAACGACGUUAAUCUAAAAAAGGAGUCUUUAAAGCUCGAACCCGACCCGGAUAACCCGGGUCGGGUCCUCGUCUCCUUCACGUUUGAUGCAACCGUCUCCGGAAGAAUCACAGUCAUAUUCUUUGCUAAAGAAACCGAACAAUGCGUCCUCACAGCUACAAAGGAAGACACUUUACCACCGAUCACAAUGGACUUCGAGAGAGGGCUUGGUCAGAAGUUCAAACAGCCUCCCGGUUCGGGUAUAGAUUUGUCGUUAUUCGAAGAAUCCGAGCUGUUUAAGGCGGCAGCGUUAGAGACUGAUGUCUAUCCGUUGGCGGUUAAGGCGGAAGCAGUUAGUUCGGGUGAAGAGAGUCUGUCUAAGAACGCGCAGAUUACGCAAGCGGUUUACGAGAAGGACAAAGGAGAGGUUAAGAUAAGAGUCGUGAAGCAGAUACUAUGGGUCAACGGGACUAGAUAUGAGUUGCAGGAGAUUUAUGGGAUUGGGAAUACGGUUGGUGGGGACGAUGAUGGGGAUGAGGAUGGGGAUGAUCAGGGGAAAGAGUGUGUUAUUUGUUUGUCUGAGCCGUCAGACACGACUGUUCUUCCUUGUCGACAUAUGUGUAUGUGCAGUGGAUGUGCUAAGGUGUUGAGGUUUCAGACGAAUCGAUGCCCGAUUUGUAGGCAGCCUGUUGAGAGGCUUUUGGAGAUACAAGUUCAUGGUAAUAGUGGGAGUGGGAAUGAUGCUGAGCAAAGAGGAGGAACAGCUGAACAAGAGUAGCCAAUCACGGAUAGAAUGGACCAUCGAUAUACAUGUAUAUGCAUGUUUGAUCCAUGUGUAACAUGUUAACAAUAAAUGUCCUGAUUGCCAAAUUAUAAUAUAGAAAUUUCAAAGUCA